AUGACGCCUGCCCCGCCGUUUUUCCUGCUGCUACUGGGCCUCAUAGGAGCUCAAGCCGCCGUUGACCUUCGCACGGCCGCUGCCAUGGCGGCAGGUUUGUGCAAAACCCGUCCCACAGACCUCGUGUUCAUUAUCGAUAGCAGUCGGAGUGUUCGCCCUUCAGAGUUUGAGCAAGUUAAAGUCUUCCUGGCAAAGGUCAUCGAGGGACUGGAUGUUGGACCCAACGCCACCCGUGUGGGAGUCGUCAACUACGCCAGCCGCGUCAAGAAUGAGGUGUCUCUGAAGACACACCGCACUAAAGCCGGACUGGUCAAGGCUGUGACCAAAAUCGAGCCCCUGUCCACUGGAACCAUGACCGGUCUGGCCAUCCAGUUCGCCCUGAAUGUGGCCUUCAGUGACGGCGAGGGUGCUCGUGUCAAAUCUCCUGAUAUCAGCAAGGUUGCCAUUAUUGUGACAGACGGGCGUCCCCAGGACAAUGUGAAGGAUGUGGCUCAGCGUGCACGAGACGCCGGCAUUGAGAUUUUUGCCAUCGGUGUGGGUCGUGUGGACAUGAGCACUCUGAAGCAGAUGGCCAGUGAUCCUCUGGAUGACCACGUGGACUACGUGGAGAGCUACAGCGUCAUCGAGAAGCUCACCAAGAAGUUCCAGGAAGCCUUCUGUGUGUCGGACCUGUGCGCCACUGGGGAUCAUGACUGCGAGCAGGUAUGCAUCAGCACUCCAGGAUCAUACAAGUGUGCCUGCAAAGAUGGCUUUACCCUCAUGGACGAUGGUCGCAGCUGCAGCGCUUGCAGCAACUCUGCAACAGACGUGGUGUUCCUGAUCGAUGGCUCUAAGAGCGUGCGCCCUGAGAACUUUGAGCUGGUCAAGAAGUGGAUCAACCAGAUCAUUGACAAACUGGAUGUCUCUGACAGCAAGGCUCAUGUUGGACUGGUGCAGUACUCCAGCUCAGUCAGACAGGAGUUUCCCCUGGGCCGCCACAACAACAAGAAAGACCUGAAAGAUGCCGUGAAGAAGAUGGCCUACAUGGAGAGGGGAACCAUGACAGGCCAGGCUCUCCGUUAUCUGUCAGACAACAGCUUCAGCGCUGGUCAGGGAGCCCGGCCCGGAGUUGCAAAGGUUGGCAUCGUCUUCACUGAUGGACGCAGCCAGGACUACAUCGGAGACGCUGCCAAGAAGGCCAAGGAAAACGGCUUUAAGAUGUAUGCUGUUGGAGUGGGCAACGCAGUUGAGGAUGAGCUGAAAGAGAUCGCCUCUGAGCCGACUGGAGAGCACUACUUCUACACCGCCGACUUCAAGACUAUGACCCAGAUUGCCAAGAAGCUGCAGAUUAACAUCUGUCAAGAGGAGGACCCUUGUGAAUGCGACUCCCUUGUAAAGUUCCAAAAGAAAGUAGAAGAUGCCCUACAGGCACUAACAAAAAAAUUAGAGAGUAUGUCGAAGAGGAUCGCCUUGCUGGAGAACAAAAUCGUCUGA